AUGGCCGGUCAACAGCAAACACCAAUACUCAGAGUUGGUAUCAUCGGUUGUGGUGAGAUCACUCAGGUCGCUCACAUCCCUAACAUCAACUUCCUUUCCCACCGAUUUCAAACGACUUACCUCUGCGACAUAUCUCAGCAAGCACUUCAACACUGCGCUAGGAAAGUCCAAGGCGGCACACCGAAAACCACAUCAGAUGCCGCCGAACUUUGCUCAUCGCCCGAUGUCGACGUCGUUGUGAUCGCCAACGCCGAUGCGUACCACGUCGACCACGGCAUACUGGCGCUCAAGAAUGACAAGUACUGCCUCAUCGAGAAGCCGGCGGCAUUGUGCUUCCGGGAUCUCGACUUGCUGGUCGAGGCAGAGAAGAGGUCCAAGGGCAAAGUGAUGGUCGGCACCAUGCGCCGGUUUGCGACGGCGUUUACGGAUGCCGUCAAGGAGGUUGGCGGGAUGGAGAAGAUACAGUACGCGAGGGUCAGGGACAUUAUUGGCCCGAAUUCCGUCUUUGUCGAACAGUCCGGCACUUUUCCGCAGAAGUUCACAGAUUACAGCGAUGAGGACACCAACGACCGACUGAGGCGCGAGGCGGACAUCUCCGAGCAGGCGCUGGCCAAGGAGUUUGGCGUCCCUGUUGUUCCAGAGUCCAAGUUGAUGCUGCGACUGCUGGGAGGCCUUGGAACCCAUGAUCUUUCCGCAAUGAGAGAGAUCAUUGGUAUGCCCCAGAGCGUUGCUGGCGCUUGCUUGACGUUCCCUGGAAUAUUCAGCGUUCUCUUCAAAUAUGAUGACUUCCCUGUUACCUACGAGUCUGGUUUCAACAAGAUCCCGCAGUUCGACGCCCAUAUCGAAGUCUAUUCGCCUGACAAAAUAGUGCGUGUGGACUACGACACUCCCUACGUGAAGGGCCUUCCAGUUACAAUGACAGUACGGGAGCGUGUCGGAGACGAUGGGUUCCAAGAGCGUAAGAUCAGGAAGACCUAUCAGGAUCCUUACACAACGGAGUUGUUGGAUCUUUACGACUGCGUCAUCAACGGCAAGCAACCCAAGACGAGUGCUUCGGACGCCAGGAACGAUAUUGAGUUGUUCAAGAUGAUAUUGCUGGCUGAUUCUAAGAGAUAUCAGAGUGCAGAGUAG